UUUCCAUAAUUCUUUUGGCCCAAGGAAAGGAGUGUAGUCCCUGUGGUUAUAAACCAGGAAGACCAAUGAUUAGAGAGAGAAGAAUGGCGCUCAGCAGAAUUGCAGGGAGGAAUGGGGGGUGGACCCGCCUUCUUCUUCUCUCCUCAUCCCUCCUCCAUAGGCGCUGCAUGUCCACUUCCUCUUCUAGACUCUUUGUUGGAGGUCUAUCAUGGGGAGUGGAUGAGAAGUCUCUGAAGGAUUCCUUCUCUUCAUUUGGAGAUGUCACCGAAGUUAGGAUCAUAUAUGACAGAGAUUCAGGGAGGUCCAGGGGGUUCGGCUUUAUAUACUUUUCCAAUGAGGAUGAAGCAAAAUGUGCCAAAGAUGCCAUGGAUGGGAAGGCAUUGUUGGGUCGUCCUCUUCGUAUUAGCUUUGCAAUUGAGAAAGUUCGAGGCGGGCCACUGGUAGUACCGCGCCUUUCUGGCACUCGUGGUGAGGGGCACUAGACAAACCUAAGAAGAUCGUUAGUUGGGGUUGAAACCCGUGUUCUUUCUACUUUAUUCUUGAAGCAUAUUGGCGAUCUGCAUGUGAAAGGUGGUGAAAGGCUUUGAGGUUGAUAUGGUCUAAAUUUUGGCAUAAAGAGAGUCGCUUCCUUGGAGGUAUUGAGGCCAAAUCCAGCGAUUAUAUGAAUGAAUUGAUGAGUUAGAGGCAUUUGUGUCCACAAGUUGCUACUUUGGUGCUCCGUUCCCUUUCAUUUUUGUUUUAUUAUAAAAAAAUGACUGGGAGACUGUCAUCUUCUUUCUGGAAGUUUUCUAAUUGUUGUAGAAUCCUGUGUUAGACCAUUGGACUAAAGGACAAAGGGAUAAUUUUAGAUUCCUCUUGGUCCCUUUUUUUUAUCAAUUUCUACCAUUUUUUCUUGUGCCUGUUA